GCAUUCAUAAGGUUGCGGUUACAGUGGUAACGCUACGAACUGAAGUUUGAUGUAACCUUGAACCAGCACCCUACAUCACCAAGGUUAUAUUAUCCCGUACAUACGCAUCGCCACGCCCGAGGCUUUGCGCACUCUCGCCAAUCAUCCUUCAGUGAACAAACGCCCGGAUGGUCUGGAUAGAGUAAGGCUCCCCGUAAGAUGAAUUUCUCCGUCUCCGACCUCAGCGCCGCGGCGGCUAUGAUACCGCCCCAACCGCUGUCGAAAAUCAUAUUGUCGGCGCCGUGGAAGCAGCUCAUCCUCCCCGCAGCUCUGCUUUACGUCGGCCUGUGCCGGGCAUUGCGCUUCAACCGUGAAAACGGUCUCCGGCGGAAGCUGGGCUACCCGGACCGGGCGUCGCUCGCGCACAUGACCGUCGUCGAUGCCCAGCAAAUUAUCAAAUUUUUGAACGUUUGGGAGACACCGCUGUUCCAGUUCCUAGCUCUAGAGUUUGGGUUGUUCAAGACGUACGGGGUAGAGAGCAUAAGUCGUCUGCUCUUGGCUACGGGGAAUUUGACGGAUCCGGUUAGGAGCCCCAAAAGAUUCGAAGACACGGCGGCCUUGAUCGGCGAGUUUAUGAUGAACCCGCCCACCUCGGAGCGGGCCGUGCAAGGGAUAGCGCGCAUGAAUUUCCUGCAUAGCAGAUACGUCAAAGAGGGCUCCAUCUCGAACGCGGAUCUGCUGUACACGUUAUCCGUGUUCAUAGCGGAGCCAGAGCGUUUCGCCCGGAUGUACGACUGGAGGCCGAUGAACGAGAUGGAGUACUGCGCGCACGGCGUCUUCUGGAAAAGCGUCGGCGACGCUAUGAAAAUCGAGUAUAAGGGCUACCUCGCCCGUGCCGGGGCGGGGUGGCACGACGGCAUCGAGUUCGCCGAGGACGUGACCGCGUGGGCUAAAAGCUACGAGGUCGUUGCCAUGAAACCCAGCACCGUAUGUGCUAAGCCGGCGAGGGCGUUGAUACCCAUGAUAACGUACUGGGCGCCGUGGUUCGCGAAGCCGUGGGCGACUCAGAUCGUGCUGAGUCUCAUGGGCGAUAGGGUGCGGGAUGCUUUUAUGCUGCCUGAACCGGACAUCGCGGCGGUUGCGAUAACCCACACUCUGCUGACGAUCCGGCGGUUCGUCGUGCGGUACCUGACGCUGCCACGCUUCUUCGAGGUGAAGCGGCUCGGUCCCCAGGACCCGAAAACCGGUCGUAUGACGCAGAUGAUUCCAUAUGGGAACUACCCCUUUUAUAUCAAGCCGACGCUAUGGAAUCGCUGGGGCCCUCUGGCGUGGGUUAUCUGGAUGUACGGCGGUAAGGUACCGGGAGACAACCCCGAAGAAUACAUGCCUCAAGGAUAUCUCUUCUCCGACAUAGGCCCUAAGAAGCGUAUGGGUCAGGGUAUCAAGGAAGCGGAGGCUGAUGCUGAUAGGAUAAGGGCUAGCGGAUGGAGUGGCUGUCCUUUCUAGGCGUAAAAAAAGUAAUGGUGGAACUUGUGGCAUCAGUGUUACUAAUUAAUACAUGAGUUCCUAGAGCGAGACGGCGCUGCAUACAAGGUUAAGACAUAACUGAGGCAAAGGUUGGUAGCCCCUUUUCCAGUGUAUAUCGUCGUUAUGUAAGUAGUCUCUACUAGAACUUGAAGACUGCCAGGGAUGUUGUCGUACAAAAUGGCAUAUUUUACUAUGCACCAGGAACUAACUGAGUAGGUAGUCACGAGACUAUAUUCACCCAGGGGUAACACCACUAACUCACGGUUUAAGGAGGUGCGCUUAUCGGCCCUCCGUUUUGUGCCACUUUCAAGGCAAACAUACUAGGAAGUCGCUGGAAAAGGACCCAUCAAGACAGUUACACAGCGUAUCCUUAUGACCCGGGGAAGGCGAAUAAAGCGACUUACUCAACUGACGAAUGUAGCAAGUCUGGAGAAAUAUUGUAGGCACAUAUAUUAUGCUCCUGAAAAUAACGAUUUUUAAUUUUUCAAGUCUUUUUCUUAUAAUGCGUCUGCG